CUGAUGUAGGGGCUCAGGUCUCGCAGGUGGAGUGGAGGCUCAUCUCCCAGGAGCCGGGCAGCCCCUAGGCCUGGUCCAGGGCCUGGCUCUGCCCCUUGCCCCAGGCUGAUGCCCACAUUACGGUUGGGCAAGACAUGCAGUACCCAAAGGGCAGGGUCCUGGGGCAGCCUUCUGAUCUGGGCCUCCAGCUGCCGCCAGUGGCCCUCAAGGCUGGCCCCUACAGCUCCGCGCUCUGCCACAAACUUUCGGAACCAGCCAAAGAGGAGGGCAGCGAAAUCAAGAAACUCAUCUCGGUAUCCAGACACAAACUCCAUGUCUUCAGGGGCACAGGGCCUGGGCCCAGACUGAGCAGAGGAAGAGAUAUAUGGUGAGGGACAGGGUAGUGGUGAGAGAGUUUGGGGCUGGGUCACAAAUUGGGGAGAGGGAGUUUGAGGGUCAUUUGGGGUGGGAUCUAUGGAUGAGUGUUAGGAGCUGAGAAUAUAGUUUUCAGGGCUGAGCAUGGGAGUUCAGGGAUGAAAAUGGGGGGCGGCUGGACUUGAAAGUGCGCGAUUAGGGUUGCAGAUGAGUAUUCAGGGAUGAGACGGUAUUUGCGGUUUAAAUUUUGAAGACUGAAACCCUCAAAAGUAGGGUUUAAGUUAAGAAUAGAGAUGAGGGAGGGCUAAUCCUAUCGGGAAGGGUUUGGUGAGGAGGGAAGAAUUUUGGAUCCGCCUGUUGGGUAUGGGUAGAAGAGCCAGGGCAUUCCCUGGAGCCUCGGCCGCCCCACUCCUCCGGUACCUGCAGCCGCCGCCACUUUUCGAAGGUAAAUACCUCGGGGGCUUGCGGGUGAUUCGGUCGUGACGUCAGGGUCGCCCGAGCCCACUGCCAGCUCCUCGGGCGGCCACGCCCCCAUGGGCUGAGGCGUCCAUUGGUGGCUGCCCCGGCUGGAGCGUGUCUGGGGCAGGCAUGGCGACUCUCCCUAGGCCGUGUGACUGAAGCCAGGGAAGUGAAAGAGUCUUGGAGGGGGAGGGGCUGUCUAGCAGCUCAUCUGUUUCACCGGUGACCUGGGGCGGGCGGAGGGCACUGGCACCGCUGAGCCGAACCGAAUCAGCCCGUCGGGCCAUGGCCCGCCUGCCCCUUGCUCGCCCCGCGUCGCCCGGCAUCCUGGGUUUUCUUUCGGUUUCUGCAGACCUUCCUGGCGGCCCCUGCGACUGAGGGCCGGGUCCCGGCGCGGGGGCGCUGGGCGGAGGAGCUCCGCCUCCGGGGCUUUCCCCGCGGUGGGCGGCUGGCAGGGCGCGGGCUCGGCGGUACUGACCGCGCACGGGCAGUUCUCGACGGCGCGAGCGCAGGUGGGACCGCGCCGCCGCCUCGCGCCCCUUCCCCAGCCGGGACCGGAGCGGGCGGCCGCCGUCUCCUCCAGAAUCUCCGGCGGGCGCGGGGAGAGGAAGCGAAAGCCACCGAGAAACCAGCUAGACGCACACUUUGGAGCCUGUCCGGGAGCCAGACAGGUCGACCGCAUUCCCCCAAACUCCGCGAGCCCCGAGAUGAGUCGGCGCUGGAGAUCCUGGUUCUGGGCGGUCCCAUUCCUCCUGAUUCUGCCAGGUGAUGGCAACGAGGGCAGCGUCACUGGAAGUUGUCACUGUGAUAAAAGAAUUUCUUCUGAUUCCCCCCCAACGGUUCAAUUCAUGAAUCAUCUCCGAAAACAUCUGAAAGCCUACCACCGCUGUCCUGGAUUCAUCAGGUUCCAGCUACUUACCCGGAGUGUGUGUGGGGGCAGGAAAGACCAGUGGGUUCAAGAAUUGAUGGGCUGCCUUGAUCACAAAGAAUGUGGAUAUGCUCACUCGGGGACUCUGGCCCACCAGGAGCAUUUACCUCCUCCCAGCACCCAGAUUUCUGAGCCCUCAGAGGGGGCACCUUCAGACAUGCGCACCCCUGCCCAGAUGCUCAUGCCAUCCACUCUGCAGUCUACCCAGCACCCCAGUCUUCCACCAGGAUCACUGUCCUUGGACAAAGAGCUCCCUCAUCCCAAUGAAACCACCACUCCCACUGUGGGCCACAGUCUUGGAGUUGCGCAUGAGGCUGGGGAGAACCAGAAGCAGCUGGAAGAGAAUGCUGGUCCUGAAUCUGGGAUAUCAACCCUCAUAGCAGUGCCAUCCCUCCUGGGCAUCAUCUUUCUCCUCACUGGAAUCCUUGUGUAUGUGCUGUGCAAGAGGAGGAAGGAGCAGUCACUGCACUCCUCUCCAGAUUUGCAACCUCAUUAUAUACCUGUGGCACCAGAUUCUAAUGCCUCAGUCAAGAACAGAAGCUUGCUGGGUAGAGACUGUGAUUUAUUUUUGUAAAGUCUUUAUGGUUAACCUCUGGCACCAGUAGGUGUUCAAUACAUAUUGCUUAAUAUUUGACUAACUAGUUGCUGCUCUUAGACCUCUCAUUUAAAAAAAAAAUGCUGUAUUACAAAGUAUGCCUAACUACUAAAAAUUAUUUUUGUAAUUAUUGACUCUUCAUUCUGCAGACAUUGGCUUCAGGCCCUGGCCCCAUUAUGCUUCCAGGUUUCAGUUUUACUAAUGGAUCCCCCUUGUCCCAAGUCUCUCUUUGCACCUCACCACUUGUUCCUCCCCAACCCCCCCACUUCCUCCCUAAACCCCACAAUGAAAGUCUGGGCUUUCCCAGCCUCCCUCCUUAGUAGCUGCUGUGCUGCUGCCACCAUACAGACUGGUUUUACUUCCUGAAUCACUUGCGUCAGUCAUAUACCUCAAAUGAGAAUCUGUUCUUGUUUUUAUUGUUAUUGUUUUUAUUAUUAAAACCCUUAGUUCUUA